ACAGAUUCAGCAUACUUUAGACGAAGAGUUGUUACUGAAUUUAAAAAUAAUAAAUCAUUAACUAAAAGUAAAGAUAUAGCCUUUGCUUAUCAGAAAGGUGAAGCAUUGCUGCGCCGUGGAUCGGUAGUCUAAGAUGCUACUGAAUACUUUGUGCCGCUUCCAUACCGCGGUAGUACCCCGCAUGUGUGUGAGACUCAAACACAAAAUAGAUUAUUCAAAAGUGCCUAAGAUUAAUGAAAAUGAUUUAUCUGAACAAUUUGUUAGAGGUGGUGGGCCAGGAGGUUCUGCUGUUAAUAAAAAUGCCAAUUGUGUAGUACUAACACAUAUACCAACAGGUACAGUAGUGAAAUGCCAUACAAGCAGAUGUCAAGAUGAAAAUAGGAAAAAGGCCCGAGAACUAUUAACAGCUAAACUAGACCAAGAGCUAAAUGGUGAAGAAAGUGUUGCAGCACAAACAAAACGUUUAGAAGCUGGGAAAUUUAAAAAAUCAGAAUAUAAAAAGAAAAAAAUGGCCCAGCUCAAAAGUGAAUGGAAGAAAAGAGAAGGAUUAACUUAAAAAUGUAAAAUAGUCAUUAAAAUUUUCAUAGAUUAAGUAGAUAUGCAAAAUAAAAUGUAUUUCAUAUAAAGCAUUGUGCUUUUUAAUGAUUAAACUCAUCUUCAACUGCAAA